AUGCCGCCGUCACAACUGAAACGUCUCAAGGCGUCGCUGCGAGAGCAGGGCGUCACCGGUCCUCAAAAAUCGAAGAAGCAAAAGCAACAGGAUCGAAAAGGCACCACCGACAGCAGGGUCCAGCGCAAUGCCGCUCUCCAGCAAAUUCGCGACAGCUUCAACCCCUUCGAGAUCAAGGCAAACAACCGCCCCGCCAAGUUUCAGUCCUUGACUGCUCAUCCCAAGAAAGAUGCUGUUCUCAGACCCGGUGUCACCAGGAGCAUGGGCGAGGAAGCUCGUCGCGCUACACUGCUGCCCGAGAUCCAGCGCCGCAACAAGACUGGUGGAAUCAUCGACAGACGUAUCGGCGAGAACGACCCCACCAUGACCCCCGAAGAGCGCGCUCUGCAACGUUUUGCCCAGGAGAAGAUGCGCAAGAAGGGUGGCGCUUCUCUGUUCGAUCUGGAAGCCGACGACGAUUUCGUAGAGACCGCUCUCACCCACGGCGGACAGGCUCUUGAUCUCGACAGAGACGACUUCGACAUGGAAGGACUCGAGGGCUCCGACGACGAAUCAGACCGUGGCUUGAAGCGUCGAAGAUCCUCUGCAAGUUCAGAGCAAGACGAUGACGAGGCCGUGUCCGACACCGAAGCACAGGACCCCGAUAAGCCAGCACGCAAAAAGUCCAAAGCAGAGGUCAUGAAGGAGGUCAUUGCAAAGUCCAAGAUGCACAAGUACGAAAGACAAAAGAACAAGGAAGACGAUGAAGAUCUGCGCGAAGAGCUGGACAAUGGAUUACAGGAAAUGCUAGCUCUGCUCCAAGGAGUCAAGCCCCCACCAAAGGCUGACAAGACGCCUGCGGAUGCUGGCAUGAACCCCGAGCGUCUGGCCAUGCUCCAAAGCAAAUCGCGCGAGGAAACCGAAAGAGAGUACGACGUGAGGCUCAGACAGAUGGCCAUGGACAAGAGAGCCGCCCCUACUACACGCACAAAGACCGAGGAGGAGCAGGCCAUCGAAGAAGCUUACCGCCUGAAGGAGCUGGAGUCAUCGCGUCUACGCCGUAUGCAAGGUGAGGAGUCCGAGGAAGAGCCCGAGGUCGAGGAAAAGAAACCCAAGAAGAAGGCUAGCACCGAAAUGGCCUUCGAAGACGACGAAGACAUGGGAGACGAUGCUGCUCAAUUCGGUCUCCCGGCCCAACAGUACAAUGACAAGAAAGAUGCAGUCGUGCACGAUGACGAGGACGAGUUCUUGAUGGAGGAUGACCUGAUUGCCAGCGGCUCUGAAAUCGAUGUCAGCGACGAGGAGAGCGAAGAUGAGGAUGAUUCGGAUAUAGAGCAAGGAGCCGCCGCUGCCGAUGAAGAAGACGAGGAGGACGAGUUUGUUCGCGGAAUCCUGGGUGAUAAGGACGAGAAGAGCGAAAAGAAGGCAGCUGCGCCAGUCACGACUUCUGGACUUGCAUACACUUACGAGUGCCCUCGUUCUCACGAAGAUUUGCUGGCCAUCUUCGGAAAGAUGGCUGUCGAGGACAUUCCAGUCGCCGUUCAGCGCAUUCGUGCUCUCUACCACCCUUCGCUGACGGCAGACAACAAGCAGAAGCUUGCAGACUUCUCUGUUGCUCUUGUUGACCACAUCUCAUACAUGGCCAAGGAGAAGCAAUCCUUUGCUGUCAUUGAGACCCUCAUCCGCCACUUGCACUCUUUGUCAAGGACAUAUCCCGGCACCAUUGGCAAGGCAUUCCGUACACACAUGUCUGCCAUGCACGAGAGCGGUGUCUUUACUGCUGGUGACUUGGUCAUUCUGACUGCAGUCAGCACCAUCUACCCUACAUCGGACCACUUCCACCAGGUAGUCACUCCUGCCAUCACUCUGAUGGGACGAUGGUUGGAGAUGACUCCUCCUGCGCCGUCCAACUUGGCCACCGGUGCUUUCAUCGUCGCUCUCUGCAUCAAGUAUCAAUCACUAUCCAAGCGCUACAUCCCUGAGGCUGUACGCUACACGGUCAAGGCUCUGCAACUCCGUCCUCAACCCAGCGAGAAGGAACUGCAACCACACGUCAAUAACAUCCUCGCCAUGGCCGAUCUCUGGAGCGCCAAAUCAGCAUUCGGCCAAAUCUUCUCUCCCGCCGCCCUCUCAUCUCUCCAAGCUCUCAAGGGACAAAAGAAAUCAUCCCAACAUUUCUCCAUCAUGCUCUCACAAGCCCGCCUACGCCGCCGCCCCCUCGAACUCCAUCACCACCGUCCUCUCCCCGUCCGCACUUCGAUUCCCAAGUUCGAGGAAAACUUCAACCCAGACAAGCACUACGACCCGGAUCGCGAACGCGCCGAUGCCGCAAAGCUCAAGAAGGAGUACAAGCGCGAGCGCAAGGGAGCCGUGCGCGAGCUGCGCAAGGAUGCAAACUUCAUUGCUCGCGAACAGCUGCGCGACAAGAAGGAGAGAGAUGCAGAGUACGAGAAGAAGUACAAGAGAUUGGUUGCCGAGAUCCAAGGAGAAGAGGGCCACGAGGCAAAGGAGUACGAGAGGGAGAAGAGGAUGCGCAAGAGCAGCAAG